AUGUCAAUAGCUUCAACAAGAAGUAUUUUUUACCUCUUUCUCUUCUUUUUUGCCACUGCAGUUUCAAGAAAUGAGAAGCUAUCAGCUUAUGAAGAGCUACAGCGUUAUGAUUUCCCAAUGGGGAUUCUUCCAAAAGGAGUAAAAGACUACAAAUUAAACCCCAAAACAGGUGAAUUCUCAGCUUAUCUUAAUUCUACCUGCAGCUUCAAAUUGGAGAACUCAUAUCAACUGAAUUACAAGCCUGUUAUAAAAGGAGUUAUAUCUAAAGGCAGGCUUAGGAAACUGUGUGGUGUUAGUGUAAAGGUGGUGUUGCUAUGGCUUAACAUUGUUGAAGUUAACAGAAAAGGUAAGAAUCUUGAGUUUUCAGUUGGACUCGCUUCGGCGAAUUUUCCGGUUGAGAAUUUUGAGGAAUGUCCACAGUGUGGACGUGGAUUGAAUUGUGUUGAUGAAGAUGACAAUGUUGUGUCUUCCUUUUAACUACUUUGAUUGAAAUCUAGUUGUUUUUUUUUUUUUGUUUUCUGGUGGUGGAAAUGAUGUGUUUUUUUGAAUAGCUAUGGUAUUUAGGGCUAUUUGAUCACGAAAUAUGUAUCUUAUGCAACGAAGAUUUUGGAUUUGAACUUUGUGUAUAGAUAAUAUUGUUAACGAGUUUAUGGUUCAUUACGUUAA